CUAAGAAUGUGAGGGAGGUAAAUAUAAUUCCUACAAAUAUGGAAUGAAAGGAAUAGGCAUCCUAUAUGAGUUUUUAGUGUUAAGGAAAGUAGGCAUUUGGCAUAAUUGUAGGGAGAUAGAGAAAACUAGUUGUCUAUCAAAAGUGAUGGGGCUUUGCCGUUCCCUUGGUGCAGACUGAAAAUUGAUUCACAGCCCCAUGAAUCCGAUGGGUUCACUCAUUUGCCCCAAACCUCGUCGCCUUGGGAAUAUCAAUAUCCAUUCUAGCAACUCCCUUCCCUUAAGAAAUCAAGCUGAGGUUUUUAUUUCAAAAGGUGGUGGUGAAGAACUUAUUGAUCUCAUUGUCAAAGAGGACGGCGUAGCUGCAAGACAAUAUGUAUCAGAUUUGUCAUCAUCCCCUCCAUUCUUCUCUGGUUCACCACCUGGUAGGGUUAUGAAUCCAUUAAUCCAUGAUGCUCAAUUCGCAAAUGAAAAGCAACACCGUUUAUCAUCAUCACCAAGUCCAUCUACUUCAUCUUCAUCUUCUCCAUCAUCAAGUUGUAAAGGAAGGUGUGCAAGGGCAAGACUCGGGAAACCUCAGUCACCAAAUAGAGUAGAGGGCUUUGACUGCCUAAACUCUCGCAUGGCUGCUAUGGCGUAAAUCUUCCUUACUAACUGGUAUAUAAAGGAAUCUCGACUGCUGAAGUCUGUAUAUAGAAUAUAUGACUAGAAAAGAAGAACAAUGUUUUGGAGAAUUUAGGCUAAAAUUUUGGUUUUGCUUUAAUAUUAUUGUGCAAAGAUGUCUCUCUUUUGCACAGUUAAAAAUAAGGUGGUUGAGAGGUGAUAAUUUUGUUUGGGUGCAUCUGCAAGUGCACUCCAUUGAUUUUGGUGCCCCAUUUUUGAUAAUUUGAAAAUUAAACUAGUAGUAUUGUAUAAUGUAUAUAUGUGAAAUUUUGGAAUAGAAAAUGGUGAUUUAAGUUUCAUUUUUCU